AUGAAGAGGAGCUUCGAUAGGUCGGUCGACCUCAACCCCGAGGUUAACGAGUAUGCCGACACCAACGGCGAAAAGGUCUUCCGGCAGGCGGUUGCCAGCUACUACAACCAUUUCUUCCGCCAGGGCAAAAAGAGCCAGUACACGUGGCAGAAUGUCGCAAUCACGUCGGGCGGUCGGUCAGGCCUCUGCCGGCUGAUGGCGACGCUGACGAAUGUCAACUGCGGCUACUUCACCCCCGACUACACCGCGUACUCGCAGCUUCUCGGUGCCUUCGACGGGAUUGCACCCAUCGCUAUCAGCAAGGACCAGGAGGGCUAUGCGAGCGCCGACUACCUAAAAGAGAGGCGCCCAAUUUGA